GGUUCUUAAUUUGUUACUUGUAUCCUCAAAAUUAGUAAAUCUUUAUGAAAUGAAAAGAUCUUGGCAUUUACAUGUGGCGACCUUGCCAGGAUUCAUGAUUUACUCGUUUUGAGGAUCAAGUUCUCGAGUAGAACCAUUUUACAUUUUAUAUUUUGUUAACAACUGUAAUACUUUCAGUGCUGUAAGGCAGUACGUGGAGGUUGUUUGUUUGAUGUGAAGUUGCGGGAAGGUUUCCCCUUCAUGGUUUGCCGUCCUUGGGGCCCGGAGGUGAAUCUCUAAAAUAGGUUGGACUUCAGGUAGGGUGUGGUGCAUCUUCUUGAGGGGAAGAUUACUCUUCUGAAAGUCCUGGUAUUGACGUCAUGUCGGUGAGUUCGGCCUGUUGAGGCCACUUUUGUUUUGUUGCUAGGUGCGAGGAAGAACUCCUCUAGUAUUGAUUAAACGUGUAUUAGUAAUUUGAGUCGGUCGGUCAAUAGUGAUUCUUUUUAGUUUUUGACAUUCUUGAUUCUGUAAUUAUGGCAGAUCUUAACUUUGAUGUUUUAAAAGCUCAGGCUGAGGAACUAGGCCUUAAAGGAAAUGAUAUUGCUCAGUAUGUCAUCAGUCAACAGACACUUGCACGGGAGGAGAGAGCAAAAGAAAGAGAAUUUCAGAAAGAGCAAUUAGAGGCAGAGAAAGAGAGAGUUAAACUGGAACAUGAGCUUCAGAUGGCUCGGUUAAACAAUUCUGAUAGUUCAUUAAAUCCUGUACUUUUUGAUGGCGCUUCACGCCCUAGUUUACCAGUUUUAAAGAUGGAGAAGACAUCACUUCAUACUUAAUUAGAUUUGAGCGCAUUGCUAACUUGUUAAAUUUUAAAGAAGAAACUUAUGCUAUCAGAUUGGGAAGUUUGUUAACAGGAAAGGCUGUUGAUAUAUACACCUCACUGCCUCCAGAAACAACAGCCGAUUACCAGUUAUUAAAGAAAGCUCUCUUAAGGGGUUAUAGUAAAACUCCCCAGUUACAGGAAUGAUUUUAGGACUGCUAAAAUAAAAAGUGGUGAAACAUAUGAACAGUUUGCUAUCAGGCUUGGACGAUUGUUUGACUAUUGGGUCGAUUCGCAUAAUAUCACCAAAGAUUAUGCAUCUCUUGGCAUUUACAUGUGGCGACCUUGCCAGGAUUCAUGAUUUACUCGUUUUGAGGAUCAAGUUCUCGAGUAGAACCAUUUUACAUUUUAUAUUUUGUUAACAACUGUAAUACUUUCAGUGCUGUAAGGCAGUACGUGGAAGUUGUUUGUUUGAUGUGAAGUUGCGGGAAGGUUUCCCCUUCAUGGUUUGCCGUCCUUGGGGCCCGGAGGUGAAUCUCUAAAAUAGGUUGGACUUCAGGUAGGGUGUGGUGCAUCUUCUUGAGGGGAAGAUUACUCUUCUGAAAGUCCUGGGUAUUGACGUCAUGUCGGUGAGUUCGGCCUGUUGAGGCCACUUUUGUUUUGUUGCUAGGUGCGAGGAAGAACUCCUCUAGUAUUGAUUAAACGUGUAUUAGUAAUUUUGAGUCGGUCGGUCAAUAGUGAUUCUUUUUAGUUUUUGACAUUCUUGAUUCUGUAAUUAUGGCAGAUCUUAACUUUGAUGUUUUAAAAGCUCAGGCUGAGGAACUAGGCCUUAAAGGAAAUGAUAUUGCUCAGUAUGUCAUCAGUCAACAGACACUUGCACGGGAGGAGAGAGCAAAAGAAAGAGAAUUUCAGAAAGAGCAAUUAGAGGCAGAGAAAGAGAGAGUUAAACUGGAACAUGAGCUUCAGAUGGCUCGGUUAAACAAUUCUGAUAGUUCAUUAAAUCCUGUACUUUUUGAUGGCGCUUCACGCCCUAGUUUACCAGUUUUUAAAGAUGGAGAAGACAUCACUUCAUACUUAAUUAGAUUUGAGCGCAUUGCUAACUUGUUAAAUUUUAAAGAAGAAACUUAUGCUAUCAGAUUGGGAAGUUUGUUAACAGGAAAGGCUGUUGAUAUAUACACCUCACUGCCUCCAGAAACAACAGCCGAUUACCAGUUAUUAAAGAAAGCUCUCUUAAGGGGUUAUAGUAAAACUCCCGCCAGUUACAGGAAUGAUUUUAGGACUGCUAAAAUAAAAAGUGGUGAAACAUAUGAACAGUUUGCUAUCAGGCUUGGACGAUUGUUUGACUAUUGGGUCGAUUCGCAUAAUAUCACCAAAGAUUAUGCAUCUCUUCGUGAUUUUAUGUUGUUAGAUCAACUAAUGUCUUCUAUCUCCCCAGAUCUGCGUGUUUUUGUAAAGGAGCAUAACGUCUCCUCCUUAGCUGAUGCGGUAAGCCUGUCAGAUAAUUGGUCAUCUGCUCAUAGUGCUUACCCCAGGUCAUAUCAAUCAUCUGAACAAGGUAAGAGAAGUGUGGCUCCAAAGCCCCAAACUCCAGUCCAAUCAGCUCUUAGAAGGGAUUUUUCUUCUGUUAAAUGUCAUGGGUGUGGUGAUAUUGGACAUAUUAGAUCUCGCUGUCCUAAAAAUCCCCUAGCGUACAAGCAAUAUCACCCAAUUCCAACUCACAAAGUCGGAUUUUGUCUAAGUGACAGGGAAAAUUCAAAGUUCAUGACAGCUGGUACAGUGAAUGGGGCUUGGGUAUCCACAGUUCUCAGAGAUACGGGGUGCACAUGUGUUAUUGUAUCUCACAAGGUGUUACCAGAUGUUGAUCUCUCUAGGGCUGAUCUGGUGGGGAUCGAAGAUUAUUUAGGCCGGGUGGAUUACUUCCCCAAAACUAAAUGCUACCUGAAUUGUCCCUAUUUUAAAGGUUGGAUUGAUGUGGUGCGAGCACCAAUUAAAUUCUGUAGCGUCCUGAUUGGAAAUGUACCAGGGGUAUAUAGUCCCAAAUUAUCUCCAGAUUCUGAAGUAACUGAACGUUCAAAUGUCCCUCUUGACUAUUCCUGUGCCAUUCAGACUAGAUCCUCCAAAAGCAAAUGUCAUUCUCUCACUAAAUUUUGGGAAAAAGUAAAGUCUGAAGAACAUGAUAAGAUGCGUGAUGGUACGGUGUUUAAGUUUGAGCAAAUAAAUGGUUUGCUGUACCGUACAUGUGUUGCUUCAAAGCACUGUGAAAGAGUUGGUAAAUCUUCUCUGGUAGUACCCAGUAAAUGUAGAGCCAUCAUUCUCGCAGUAGGUCAUGAGAGCCCUUAG